CACCACAAAGUCUGAGUGAUCCCUCACACAGCCCGACCCGCUGACAGAAAGCACAUCUGACAGCCGCGCUCAGCAUCCAGUAGGGACACCGAGAAAAAGUCGGACAGGGAGAAUAAGAAAGUGGAAGUACUCUGUGGACUACCCCUCAAAGAGAAACUCAGUUCUGCAUUGGACAGCUAAAUAAGCAUCAUUUACACAGAGUAACUCUGUCUGUUUUAAACCCAGAAUCGGCACAAUGGAAGAAGACAUGGAUGAGGGGCAGAGCCAGAAAGGAUGCCUUGAAUGCUGCAUCAAAUGCCUGGGUGGGAUCCCGUACCCGUCCCUUAUAGCUACCAUCUUGCUAUAUGCGGGGUGUGGCUCUGUUCUGCGGCUGUGGACAUGAGGCACUGUCUGGCACAGUCACCAUCCUACAAAACUACUUUGAGAUGGUGAGGAGUCCUGUGGACUCACUGGACGUCUUCACCAUGAUUGACAUCAUCAAGUAUGUGAUUUAUGGCAUCGCAUCGGCUUUCUUUGUUUAUGGGAUCCUGCUAAUGGUGGAAGGCUUCUUCACCAGUGGCGCCAUUAAAGACCUGUAUGGAGAUUUCAAGAUCACCACCUGUGGACGCUGUGUCAGCGCUUGGUUCAUCAUGCUGACGUACAUCUUCAUGCUGGCUUGGCUCGGAGUGACGGCAUUUACCUCCCUUCCUGUCUUUAUAUAUUUCAACAUCUGGAAUAUUUGCCAAAAUGCUACUGUACUGGAGGGAACCAAACUCUGUCUGGAUCCACGCCAGUAUGGUAUUGUGCCACUUGCUGAAGUGAAAACGCUGUGUACCGAUUCUGAAAAAUUUGACAGGAUGUGCCAAUCUAACGAGCUGGACAUGACGUUCCACCUAUUCAUCUGCGCUUUAGCUGGCGCAGGAGCUGCUGUUAUUGCUAUGAUCCACUAUCUGAUGGUGCUGUCGGCCAACUGGGCGUACGUGAAGGAUGCCUGCAGGAUGCAGAAAUACGAGGACAUCAAGUCGAAGGAGGAGCAGGAGCUUCACGACAUCCACUCCACUCGCUCCAAGGAGCGUCUCAACGCCUACACAUAAAGACCAGCGUGAGGCUCGGCCCCGUCCCUCCGGCCUUCCUCUCUUUCUCUCGCUCUCUCUCUCUCUUUUGUCUUUCUGUCUCUCUACCAUCUUGUCCCAACAGGGGAAGCGGAUGGCACAGAGGGCCCACGCCACUGCUGAUGUCACUGGUGCGUCAUAUGACAAUGUGCUCUGGGGGGAAGUCACACAAACCUCUCCGUUCACAAAUAACAUUUCAAACGAAAAAAAAAAAGCCCCUUUACCUCUGUCAUGGAUGAUGUUAUGAUUACCAUCACAUUGGUCACAUGGUUAUUGAGUUGUUUAGUGCUGAUAGUAAUUUUAUUGUGGUUUGUAGAAUCAGAAAUAACAGUAGUAUUUCUUUUUUUAAUACUUUGAAUAAUUUGUGUAUAAUCGUUUUCUUUUUCAUGCAUAAUUUAUUUAUUUUUUUUUUUACUGAUUUGUGAGGAGGUUAAUGCGGGCUUUAAAAAAGGUUUUCAAGCACAUUUCUCAUGUUGUGUGAAGAUUUGUGUGGGGAAAAAUGUACUGUAUGUAACUGGGUUGACGUUUUGGGGGGAAAAAAUUAAUGUCACAACAUUAAUUAUGAAGCAACGUAAGCGUUUGUCACAUCAGUAUUCCCAGAGAAUAAAUUCACUUUAUGUGAAAGGAAUUCAAAUCUGUGUUGUGAAUGAACUGAAAGAAUAGAAUCACUAACAACAAAUUAUUUAAAGUACAACAAAUAACUGCUAGAAAAGCAGAACCUGUUAAACAGGAACUUCUGAUCAACAAAAAAGAAAGUCAACAGAAGAUCAAUUUUAGGAUAAAUGAGGAGUUGUGUGCUUUAGAUCUGAAAGAUUUGUAUUUGAAUCACACGUCCCAAAAGCACAUGCAAACAUGUCCUCAUAGCCCCAUUGUUAUUUAAUUCCUUAUGAACAGAAUUUUAAAAAUUAUCUUUUAAAAUGCAGUUUUUUUGCAGAAUUCUGCAGUGUACAUAUUGAUAUAUGGAAGCGUAGCUUUGCAUUGUAAUUCCUCGUUUCCA